AUGAAUCCUACCACCUCGUCACCACGCUCAGCGGACGAGUCGCUGCCUGACAGUAUUCAGAAUGGAGCAGCCUCACCACCUUAUCAACCACGCAAUCCUCUCGAGUCUCACCCGCCCAUCUACGUGAGCCAGGCCACUCUUCCGGCUGAACCUGUUCCCAAUGACGAUCACAUGCUUCACGAUGCUGCCAUUGCUGCCAUAGCAUCCGGCGACGCCAAUCUCGCCGACCCAGGUGUCUCUCAUUCCAGCUCCAGCACGGAUCGCAGGACACCGGGGCUCCACCCUCACACUCACGAUCAUGGCAUUCUCGCCAGCUCUGCCAACUCAUCCGGUCCCAAUUCUCGUCCCAGCACUGCCGGUCCACGCGUAGCCAUCACAGACCCCCUGGCCGACUUUCGCGAUCGCAAUUUGACCAAACCUGCUGGUCUCGGGCCCAAAUCCGACUUCCCUCCUCACGAGACCCAGCGUACGCCAGGCACCUUCAACUAUGACCGCAACCAACCUCUCCGUCCUACGUUCUCGCGUCAGGAUAGCGAGGUCUCCUCCACUGAUGGAGGCGCUGACCGUGACUUUGGCGACUUCGACUGGUCCGAUGAGGAGGACCUGGAUGAAGCCGUCCGCUUCGAGGACGAGCAGGCGAAACAGGUUCGCAUGGGUCGUCUCAGUCUCUGGAAGAUCCUCACCUUCCUCGCAACCACCUUCCUCGGCAAUCUCAUCAUCUCGUGCUGCCUCUUGAUACCCGUCAUCGUCAUUCAGUACGUCUACCGCAGACGCGGUCCAGAUGAAGGCCAUCGCGACUUCGUCGCAGACAAUGUCCAGGCCUGGUUCAUUUGGGCCGCAUUCAACCUUCACGUCGAGUGGUGGCUCCAUAUGCUCGUCGAGCUCUUUCCUAAAGCUGUUCUCGCUCUCAUCCAGCUCAUUUGGGGUCGCCCCAGUCAGCGCGUACUCUCGCUGGCCGAGUACUUCAACGCCAUCAAGGGCUACAUCAAGCUCGUCACUUAUGCAGCUCUCAGCUGGGCCUCUUGGGCCAUCAUCUUCAACUCCAUCUACAACCUCUACAAUCGCUCGGAUCCUCAGAACAGCCGAGCAAGCUACCUCUACCGCAUCUACCAGGUCAUCGAGUUCUUCUUCUUCUUCAUGCUCACUGUCUGCGCUGAGAAGGUCAUCAUCAAGCACAUUGCCAUGUCCUUCCAUCGCAGCGCCUACGCAGAACGAAUCGCAAAGGUGACCAAGUCGCUCAAGGUCUUUGAUUGGCUCCGCGACCACAAGCCCCGACCGAAAAGCCGAGACCCUCUGUCUGCCUUUGGUCUCGCUCGUUCUGCAUGUGCAUCGCCCAGUGCUAGCGGCGCUGCUACACCCAUCAAACCCACGGAGUUCAUCCUUGACUCGGAUUCCAAGGAUCCCCGCAACGUGUCUGACGCGAGCAAAUCCUCUUGGCUCAAGAAGCACAGCAAGAAACGCCCUUCCGACCAGGGCGCUUACUCCGGCGUCAACGAUCGUGCCAUCGACGUCGCCUCUGGCAAGCCAGCAGAAGGCCAAGCGCCUGCGCGUGGAGACGGCAAGUCGAGCCUGAUCGCGCGUGUCGCAGCUCGCGGAGGCAGUAGAAUGCGGGUCACAGCGGCUCAAGCCAGCACGCUUGCCCGUGUGGCCAUGAACGACCCCUUUGGGCUCCUUCGCAACGAAACGCUUGGUAUUGGUACUGACAUCAACUCGCCGGCCGAAGCAAAGCGACUUGCUCGCUCCCUUUUCGUUGCUUUUCGAGGCACGAACAGGCGGAGCUACCUCAUCCCGUCUGAUUUCGAGCCAGCCUACCCUGAUCCAGAAGACGCCAAGGAUGCUUUCAGCGUGUUCGACCGCGACGGCAACGGCGACGUCUCACAGUCGGAGCUCAAAAACACCGUGAUGCAGGUCUACAAGGAGCGUCGCUUCCUCAGUCGAUCCAUGCAAGACGUCAACCACGCCGUGGGCCAGCUUGAUGGAAUCUUCAUGUUCGUGACGCUCAUCAUUGUCAUGUUCGAAGCACUGGCCAUUUUCAGAGUCGACAUCAGCAAGACGCUCACGACCUUUUAUUCGCUCGCAAUCGCGUUCGCCUUCAUCUUCAAGGAAUCGGCUGCCAAUGUCUUUGACAGCAUCAUCUUCAUCUUUGUCACCCACCCUUUUGACACCGGAGAUCGAAUUCAGAUCGGCGAGACCGUGCUUGUGGUCAAGCGCAUGUCGCUGUUGUCGUGCCUCUUCACCGACUCGCUCAACCAGGACGUCUAUAUCAGCAAUGUCAUCCUGUCAGCGACGAGCAUCGUCAACAUGCGUCGAUCCGGUUACAUGUGGGAAUCUAUCAGGUGCCAGUUCGACUUCAACACGCCGCUCGAAAAGCUGGACGCGCUGGAAGCGGACAUGAUCCAUUGGCUUCAGACCGAGCCGGAGCGUCUCUUCGUUCCAAGCACCGCCAUCGUACCGCAAAAGAUCGACUACAUGCGAUCGCUAGAGUGCACCAUCGGGAUGACGCACUCCGAUACCUGGCAAGACUGGGGGCGUCGCUUCUACCGCAAGAAUGCCUUCUUUGCUGCUUUCAGCUACUACAGCAAGAAGCAUGGCCUUCGGUAUGCCAACUCCGUGCAGCCGCUCGUUUACUGGACCGAGGACGCAGCCACGCUUCCUCCGAGCUACGAUCCGUCGGAUCCACGUUCCACUGCUCCCCGUCGUCAGGACACUCUCGGAGAUGAAGACGACAACGGCUACGUGCUGGACGACUUCACCCCGUCGCCUUACUCAAGCCCUCAGAUCCGUGCUGCAGGCGGUGAGGUCGCUCUGCCUCCCAAGAAGCCCAAGUCGUUCAUGAACUUCACGCCUCCGGCCGACGAGCUCGACACGGGCGCUGAGAAUGUUCGAUUGCGAAAGGUCCGCCGCGAAGCGAAGAAGCUCGCCAACCAGGGAGGCGACGGUGGUUGA